AUGGUGGUCGCUCAUCAUCUAUCGGCUGCUAGUUCUGAUUUUGAUGAUCCUUCUCUCUACCAAUCACUUGUUGGAGCUCUUCAAUAUCUCAUUAUCACUCGUUCGGACAUUGCUCAUGUUGUCACUGUCGAGAUCCUUGCUUAUUCCGAUGCCAAUUGGGCUGGGUGUCUUGACACACGUCGAUCAAUCUUUGGCUAUGAAAUUUACUUUGGUGAUAAUCUUGUGUCUUGGAGCUCUAAAAAGCAACCGAUGGUGUCUCGCUCUAAUAGUGAAUCGAAAUAUCGGGCAUUGGCUCUCAUAGCCGCUGAAGUUAAAUGA